AUGGAAAGUUCAAGGGGCAGGAGAGUUGAGAAAAGAGGUUAUGAGCAGAGUGUUGAUGAUGAAGCUGACAACAUGCCUGAAUCAAAAAAGGCAAAAUUGCCUGCUUUAGCAAGUGUAAUUGUAGAAGCCUUGAAGGUGGAUAGUUUGCAAAGACUUUGCUCAUCUUUGGAGCCUUUGUUUCGAAAGAUUGUCAGUGAAGAAGUGGAACGUGCUUUGACAAGGUUAGGCCCUGCUAAAUUGGCUGGAAGGUCGUCACCACCAAAACUUCCAGGCCCAGAAGAAAACAGUCUACAACUUCAUUUCAGAACAAUAAUGCCUCCCCACCUGUUCACAGGAGGGAAAGUUGAGGGGGAGCAAGGGGCAGCUAUCCAUGUUGUCCUGUUAGAUGCAAGCACUGGAACUGCCAUGCAAACUGGACCAGAAUCAGCAGCUAAACUGAAUGUUGUGGUUCUUGAAGGUGACUUCAAUGAGGAAGCUGAUGAAGAUUGGACAAUAGAGCAUUUUGAAAGCCACGAAGUAAAGGAGCGUGAAGGUAAAAGGCCACUACUGACUGGGGACCUGCAGGUCACUCUCAAGGAUGGGGUAGGAACUCUUGGCGAUCUUACUUUUACCGACAAUUCUAGCUGGAUAAGGAGCAGAAAGUUCAGGCUUGGUGUCAAGGUUGCUCCCGGAUAUUGUGACGGGAUUCGUGUUCGUGAGGCUAAGACGGAGGCAUUUGCUGUUAAAGAUCACCGAGGAGAAUUAUACAAGAAACAUUAUCCGCCAGCUUUACACGAUGAAGUUUGGAGAUUGGACAGAAUAGCAAAGGACGGAGCACUGCACAAAAAAUUGGUGAAGGCUGAUAUUACAACAGUUGAAGAUUUUCUCCGUGUUCUCGUUAGGGAUCCAAAGAAAUUAAGAAAUAUCCUUGGAAGUGGAAUGUCAAAUAGGAUGUGGGAGAAUACAGUUGAGCAUGCAAAGACUUGUGUCUUAGGAAGAAAGCUUUACGUUUACUAUGCUGAUGGUAAUCGUAGCACUGGUGUUGUUUUCAAUAAUAUUUAUGAGCUCACGGGCCUUAUUUCUGAUGGGCAAUUCCUGUCUUUGGAAUCACUCAACCACAAUCAAAAGAUUUCAGCGGAUUCCCUGGUAAAGCGAGCAUAUGAGAAUUGGCAUCAAGUUGUGGAAUGUGAUGGCAAAGUCCUGAACUCCCUAGCUAGCAAUAAGAGUGGCAAAGGAGCCUCUCCUGCACCCAUAGUUGACAACAGCUACGAGAGAAAUCACUACAUAACAUCUGCUCAAAACAAGCAGCAGUUUAUCCUUUCUGAACCAAGUCCACAAUACCAAGUUUUAACUAACCACCCAUCAGUCCCUCAGUUGAUUGAAUUUCCAUUUGUUAGUUCUGAUCAGAAUGCAGUAAUGACCCUGAAUAAUCCACAAGAAGCAUUACCUGGCAGCAUGGAUUAUAUGUCAGUUGGAACUCCUUCAGGUGGGGGUACGUACUUUCCAGGAGAUUGGUCUCGGCCAAGGAAUGGGAAUGGAUUGGAAGACUUUUUUGCAGAAGAAAUACGGCUAAGGAGUUCAGAGAUGUUGGAGAGUGAUGACAUGCAGAGACUGCUAAAAACAUAUGGUAUGGGUGGGGUUGGGAUGGGACCUGGUUUUGGCCAUUCUGACGAGGCUUGUUACUCUUACAGCAUUCAAGCUUAUGAGCCUCAGAUGGAUCAAGGAUAUAAACAAGAACGUGGAAAGGGCUCAGGGAAGGCCGUUGUUGGAUGGCUUAAGCUGAAAGCAGCUCUACGUUGGGGGAUAUUCGUAAGGAAGAAAGCUGCAGAGAGAAGAGCUCAGCUUGUUGAGCUUGAUUAA